AUGAGUAUUACGCCAACUCAUGUGCCCAAGCCAUUAAGGCUUAAAUAAACGAAUUAAAAUAAGGAAAAUCUGCAGUUCAAAGCUUUUUAUUCAACUAAGGACUUUGCUGUUAUACAAAAAAUUAUUACUAAGGCAGAGAAAUCGAAGUAAAUAUAAAAAAAGCGAUGCUAAUCAGCUUCCAGCUCAAUAUCUCUCUCAGAUAUAAUUGAAGCUUACAAGAAAGUAAUGAUGAAAAUGAAUAUAGAAAUCUUGAAUGAAACUCACUACUAUGCAAUGAUUAUUAAGCUUAGCUUAAAUCAACAUGGCAAAACUUGGAGAGAAUGCCUUCAAUAUGAGAUGAAGUAGUAUAAAACAAUGACAAUAAAGAAAUAUUUCUGCAGAUGGAUAGAAAAAUACAUCCAAACUUACAGAGAGCAAGAAAAUAGGUCUAUGAUAAACUCACAAAAUCAUAGCUAAAUGAUAAAGUUAGAAAGUGAGAGGCAAUUAAUGUCAACGAUCAAAUAAUAACUAACUCCCUUAUCACAGAACUCAGCAUUGUUUGAUAUAAGUAGCUAAAACAGAAGCCAUCCUCAGCUCUUCACUAAUAAUGUUUUAUAGGAAACUGAAUUUCUUAAGAACAUAAUAAAUUUAUCAGGUUAGUCCCAGUUCAUCAAAAUGAAACCUGAUUAUUAGAGAAAUAGCUAAUUAGGACACCUUUUAGAUCAAAAUACAACAGCAAAAAAUGCUUUAUUAACAACUGCUAUGACUCCUUAAUUAUCUAAACAGGAUUUAAAAAUUACCUAUGAGCCGACUUAGACUGAGUUAAGGUCACUUGAAAGAAAUUAUCAAAAAAGAAAAAAGGAAAAUGCCCUUGUUACUAUGGGUAAAUUCAUGAUGAAGUAAUUAAAGUUUUACUCUUUUGCUAAUUCUGACCCGUCAAUUCAUCUUCAAAAAGCAUAUAGAAGAUGGAACUAUCACUCUUAAAUAAUGACUUAGCUGAUAGUGAAAAAAGAACUUUUUAUUAAUAAAUGGAUGAAGGCUUAUGAGCAUUACAAUUUCAAAGCAUAAAAAAAGGUAUUCAAAGGAAUAUUAGAAACAGGUGCGAAAUUGAAAGUUGUCCAGCAAAUAGAACUUCAAGUUAGAGAUAAUUUUGAAUCUAGACUUACAAAUCUAAUAUUCUUUCAAUGGGUUGAGAAAUUUAAUAGAAGAGUACAGUAUAGAAAUAAUCUGUUCAAAGCAACUUAAUGCUGGGCUAAGAAUUCAUAGUCUAAGCAUUUAGCUUUGUGGAAAUGUUUUGUUGGUCAAUAAAAAGAUACAAAGAUGAAGUUCAGAAAUUUUCAGAUGAUUAACAUUGUGAAAACCUUUUUGUAGAAUGGAGUUCCUAGGAAGCUCUAUAAAGAUUAAUAGACUUUUGGCGAUUAGUUUUAAACAUUAGUUGUAAUAAGGAAACUUAAAUCUCUGGACUAAGUUGAAUUUGAUCAGACUAUCUAUCUGUAUGUAAAUGAUGAGGAAAUGCUAUAAAACGAUAGUUUUAUGGAAAGGCUUUAUUUAAAACAAAAUUUGGAUGAGGGAAAGGCAAGAUGGCAAGGCUAUUCACAUUAAUAGUUAACUUUGAAGCAACGCAUGUUCUGCUUCUAGAAAAAGAAUUCAUAUAAAAUCAUAGAUAAAGUUAUGGCUUCGCUUUUUAAAAAUUAUAGACAUAGGACAAUAUCAUUCAAGAAUAAUACAACAGCAAAGCUAUUCCAUAAUCAAAAUUUAUAUGUAAAGACUUUGGUAUCUUUGGAGCAUAACAGAAGGCUAUAAAAGGCUCAAAGAUUAUUUUUAAACUCAAAGAUGCAUCAUCUUGUAAUCUUUUACAAAAGAAGAAUCCUAUACUCACUGUCUAAUCUUGCAUAAAAAAGAAAGUAAAAUAGAGCUCUUGAAACUUACUUAUAUGAAUAGAAAUCAAAAACGCUUGACUUGCUAAGGAAUGGAGUUCAAAUUUAGAAAUAUCUAUAGAGAUGUAAUAAAAAGGGAUAGUAGCUUUAUAAGAAAAAUCUAAAGUAAAGAUUCAUUGUAUUUCUUAGAGAAUCUCUUUAUGAAAUUGAAAUGAGAAAAUAACUUUACUCACAACUACUUGAAGAAUCAUACUAUGCAAGAAUGGCUAGAUUAUUUAGAGGUUUUAUAGUGAACAGAUAGUAAAAAAUUAUUAGAAGAGAACAAACAGAAAUAUGCAAAUAGAUUUCAAAUGAAAAUAAAAAGCGAUUAAGUCUUAAUAUUCUUCGAUACUCCACUAACUAAAAUCAAUAAAUAAGAUAGAAGAUUUGUAAUUACGAAUAGAAUCUCAAAUAUGAGAUGUUUUAAUAUUUGAAGUAUUCAGUGCAGAAAGUAUAGCAGCUUAGGGAAUCAUACUAUGACUAUAUUGUUGAUAAAUCUAGAUUAAAAGCCACUUUGAUGCUAGUUCAUUGGUAGAAUAAGACUAUUUAAAGAAGUUUCAGGAGGUAAACUCUAAACUAAAGAAUAGAGUACUUCCAGAAACACAGAUUUUUCAGAAAUUAUAAUAGAUUAAAGACUAUUAAAGGGUACUAUGAGUAAAAAUUGCAAAUAUUUGAACUGUUUUAACUAAAGCGAAAACAGUACAGUGUAAUUUAAGGCAUUCUAUAGUAUAUAAACUCAGACUCCCAUUUGAAUGAUAAAAAAGCAAAGCACCACAAUAGAUAAAUUCUGAUCAUCAAAGCUUUUGCAAUACUAAAACGUCAACGUGACAUUAGAAGAAUAGGUAUAUUUAUCGAGGCUAGUUUACUAUAGGACAAACUUAGAAAGUUCUAUAACAUUUGGUAGGCAUCCUAUUUGAAUUCUCAAGCAAACUAGGAAGCAAGGUAAUAUCUAUAAAGCAAGAAGCAAAGAAGAUUAUUCAAAGCUUGGAAAAAUACUGCUUAGACCUCUCAAAAGUAAAGAUUAAAUAAAUCUUUGGCAGCCUAUCAAUACGAGAAUGGGCUUAAGUAUAGAUUUAUCAAUCUAUUAAGACACAAUAUUGAGAUAAAUAGAAACUAGCAGCAUGAGUUACAGAUGCUAGAUGUUAAAGCCUAUUGGUUCAAAUUGAUGAAACUCUUUAACGAAUGGAAAUAGCAAACUUAUGAUAAAAAGAUAUUGCAAUAGAAAUAGUUCACACUUGAAAUGUAUUUGAAACAAAAAAUGGUGUCUGUUUAUUAUCAAAAUAUGAGAAAAGCAUUUAGAUAUCAGCUGAUUCUUAAGAAUCAUUAUUAAAACUAAGAUGUAACUAUACUAAGGAAAUACUUCAAAAUACUAAAGCAUGGUUAUAAAUCGACCAAGAUAGGGAAUUACCUCUCUCAAGAAUCAGAUAUGCAUCAUUCAAAAACCUUGGUUUAAAAAUCUUACUAGAGUCUACUUAGUUACGCCCGUUAUAAGAAGCAACGUAAAAUAAAAUCCCUUUAAUCAAGUAUCUGGCAUUUUAAAAGGAUGAUUCACGCAUUCUUAGAGCAAUUAAGAUUUGAAGUCUAACAUAAACAAACUUUAUCAGAAAAGUAGCAUCUGGUAAAAUACUCAAAGAAUGAAACACUUGUAAGAAAAACUUUCGCAUUCUGGUUGAAGGAAUAAAGAUUCCAGGUGAAUUAAAGAAAUGCAAAGCUGUAUAGAAAGAAAAAGAGCUUCUCAAAAUUUAGAUCUUAACUUAGUAUUAAAAAGGUGGAAAAGGAAGCUAGAUAGAUGAAGGAACUCGAGGUUAUUGAGCUGCUAGCUUAUAAACUUCAGAAGAGAGCAUUCUACGGAUUUAGAAUGUAUAAAAAGUUCUUGACAUAUAAAAAUGGCUUAGAAGGACUCAAGUUAUAGUAUUAGGCUAGGAAAUGGUUUGAUGUGUGGAGGACAAACUACUUGCAUAAAGGUGAAUUUAAUUACCUUAAUCUUGGGGGUGGAGAUGGUAACUAUCAAAAUUAUAACAAUGAUCAAACAAUGAAUGUAAGUAGAUAUUGA